AUGAAACCUAAGGAGGAAGAAGGAGUAAGAUAUGCAGUUUGUCAAGUAGAAGUAGUGGUUGGAAAGAAGUGUAAAAAGAUCUAUAAAGUUGCAAUAGGAGAUGCAGUAACAGGUGCAGCAGAUGUAGUGGUAGGUGCAAUUUGA